AUGAAACAAUCUCCCUCGUGCCAUGUCUGCACUAAGAUUGUCGCGUUAUUCAGAACACCAUUUGAAGAACGCGCCAAAGUGAGUCUGGGAGAGCUUGGCGAAUUUAAGGGCAGCAAAUGUCCCCACUCCAAUUUGGUCAGAGUUAACACCGGGAGUAUCAUUUCGGAAAAGGGCAUUAAAUAUGCUAUUCUCCGGGCCCAAAAAGAUGGAUACUCUAAUGCCAUUUACAUAAGCGUCUGUCAUGCCAACGGAAACGAUCUUAUCAUGUCAGUGGCACUUCUCGCUCGAGAAAGCCUUCUAGACCAUCCAGGAAAAGGACGCAUCAUUGAUCCUAAAUGGAUUGAUUUAAACAUGAUCCGCACAUGGUAUUCAAAAUGCAUUACGGAACACUCCUCAAAAUGUAACGAGCCUCCAUGGAUGAAAACGUUGGAACGUGUUCAUCCAGAAUUACUCAUCGACGUGGUUCAUUCAUGCAUUGUACCAUACACCUCAGAGGUCAAACAUUAUUUCACUCUUUCUUACACGUGGGGAGAAACUGCAAACCUGAGGAACAAAAAGCGCGUUUUUCGGCGAUUACAACGACCGGGGGCAUUAGCCUCACCAAAAUUUGCUCAACAAAUACCGGAGACAAUUCGUAACGCCUGCGAAAUCACAAAAUGUCUAGGGGAAAGAUUCCUCUGGGUCGAUAGCCUAUGCAUUGUCCAAGAUGAUCAAAAAUUUCUUUACAGAAACCUCAGCAAGAUGCAUAUAAUCUUUGCGGGGUCUUCCCUAUGUCUCGUUGCCGAGGCCGGUCAGGAUGCAGAAUUCGGACUGCGAGGCAUUAGCGGCUAUACUAAGCCAAGGAGUUUCUCACAGGAAAUUAUCAAUUUAGCCAAUGGAGAGAAAUUAUGUUCACUCGGGAGGCCCGGAAAGCUAAAAGGUUUACCAGGACGUUCCUAUCAUUCCCGUGCUUGGACAUUUCAAGAGUUCUUGUUUUCAAAAAGACUCCUCAUAUUUGGCGAUGGGCCUGUAGAGUGGCGAUGUGAAUGUGGUAAACGGUCGGAAACACUUGGGUUUGGAUCCUUCUGUUUAAGUUCCCCUUGGGAUCCAAUACAAAAGGUACCGUGGGAAGUCUUUGAUACCUGCAUUCCGCAGCUCAAUGCACUCUCAUACCUCACAGACCCUUUCAAUAAGAGGUAUUUGACUUAUCCUGAGGAUAUAUCUGGAGCCUUUUCCGGUAUCCAGAACCUGCUUGAUACUAAAUAUCCGGGAGGCUUUCUCUUCGACCAUCCUGAAUUCUUUUUCGAUAUUUCGCUGAUUUGGUCCAAUAAUUCCGACAUCAACAGAAGAAAAAUAUCAAAAGCCUUCAAAGGAGACCCUAUUAAGGACGGUCUACCAAGUUGGUCUUGGAUGGGUUGGCAAGGUGUCAUAACGUUUUUUAUGGACUUGAAGUUCGUUAACCAAGGUAAUAUUCCUUGGUUUCUAAAGCCUGUCACCCGGUGGUAUACCAUGGAGUAUCCUUCCACACAUGCCGAAAGGCGGUUGAUUCAAUCCGGAUGGUACGACUAUAAAUCAUCAAUCCAAAAUCUCAUUGGAAGAACACCGGAAGGAUGGACCCGACACGCAGAAGAGCCACCACAAAGCCUUGAGCAAGAAAACGAUCGUUUUGGUAUCCCGUACCCGUUAUGA